ACAAAUAAUAUUUUAAAUAUGAAUGGUAUAAUACCUGAAAUGGAACAAAUUAUCAGUCAACUCGAAAGAGGGACUGUGGUAACAAAAUUUUUUUCAAGGAAGAGACCAGAAAAAAAGACUCUUAUGAUACGCAGAGAAACUAGACAAAUUGUAUGGUCAAGGAGUGCCACAUUUAGACCUUUUGAUGGUUCAGUUGAAAUAAGAGAAAUCAAAGAAAUUAAAGUGGGAAAACAUUCAAAGGAUUUUGAAAAAUGGCCUGAAGAUGCAAAGAGAAUAGAAAAUCUUAGGUGCUUUGUUGUAUAUUAUGGUUCUGAAUUUCGUCUUAAAACACUUUCAAUUUCUGCACUCAGCGAAAAAGAAUGCGAACUUUGGGUAAAAGGAUUACGUCGCUUAGUACAAGACACUAUAAAAACUCCUUAUCCUUUACAAGUUGAAAGGUGGCUAAGAAAAGAAUUUUAUGCAAUGGAAAAUUCGAGAGAAACGGUUACAUUGAAAGAUAUAAAAGCAUUUUUACCUAGAGUUAAUUGUAAAGUAGCAACAAAUAAACUUAGAGAACUUUUUCAAGAAAUAGAUACAAGAAACAGAAACGAACUUGGUUUUGAUGAUUUUGUUGUACUUUACCAUAAACUUAUGUUUGAUCAAAAUAAUCUUACAGAUUGGAGUAAAUUGCUAACUUAUUCUAAAACAGGACAGAUUGUUACUGUUCAAGAUUUUCAAAAUUUCUUAAUAACUGAACAGCAAGAUUCUUUAGGAAAUAAAGAAAUUGUAGUAUCAUGUUUUAUUAGAGAUUAUUUACAAGAUCCUCAAAGAGAUGUACAAGAGCCACAUUUUACAUUUUCGGAGUUUAUCGAUUUCUUAUUUUCAAAACAAAAUUCUGUUUGGGAUUCAAAGUACUCUCGAAUUUAUCAAGAUAUGUCUAAACCACUUGCUCAUUACUGGAUAGCUUCAUCGCACAAUACAUACUUAAUGGGGGAUCAAAUUAGCAGUGAAAGUAGUUGUCAAGCUUAUAUUCGUGCAUUGAGAGCUGGAUGUAGAUGUAUAGAACUUGACUGUUGGGAUGGACCAGAUGGAAUGCCAUUUAUUUUUCAUGGGCAUACACUCACUACAAAAAUUAAGUUUUUGGAUGUCAUCAAAACUAUUAAAGAACAUGCUUUUGCCACUUCUGAUUAUCCUGUCAUUUUAUCCAUUGAGGAUAAUUGUACAUUACCUCAACAACGUAAAAUGGCAAUUACAAUGCAAGAAAUAUUUGGCGAUAUGUUAUUAGUUCAACCUGUAGAUAAAAACGAAACUUGUUUGCCAUCGCCAUAUGUACUCAGAAGAAAAAUUGUAUUGAAACAUAAAAAAUUGCCGGAUGGCGUUGAUGAAACUUCAUUUCUUAUUCGAAACGAUGAAAGUAGACAAGAAAUGGAUCUUAGAAAUACAGUAAAAAAUGGUAUUUUAUAUCUUGAAGAUCCUGUUGACAGAGAGUGGAAUCCACAUUUUUUUGUAUUAACACAACAAAAGUUAUUCUACACAGACACAUUUUCUAGAACUCAGGAGACUGAACACGAUGAUGAUGAAGAAGGUGUAGUUCGACGACCGAGUGAUGGAGUACCAAAUGACGAGUUACAUUUUGGAGAAAAAUGGUUUCAUGGUAAACUAGCAAGAGGAAGAGAAGAAGCAGAAGAAUUACUACGGCGUUACUCACAUCUUGGUGAUGGCACUUUUUUAGUUAGGCAAUGCGUUACAUUUGUAGGUGAUUAUUGCCUUUCCUUUUGGCGCAAAGGAAAAGUAAAUCAUUGCCGUAUCAAACUCAAGCAAGAAAUGGGUCAAACGCAAUAUUAUCUUAUUGAUACAAAUUGUUUUGAUAGUUUAUAUAGUUUAAUUACGCAUUACCGUAAUCAUCCCUUAAGAAGUCAAGAAUUUUUAAUUACACUUCAAGAACCUGUUCCUCAACCAAACAAACACGAAGAAAAAGAAUGGUGGCAUGCUGAUUGUACCCGAACUUUAGCUGAAGAAAUGUUAAAACGAAUUCCUACAGAUGGUGCAUUUUUAGUAAGACCGAGCGAAAAAGAAAGCAAUUCUUACGCUAUAUCUUUUAGAGCAGAGAAAAAAAUUAAGCAUUGUAGAAUUAAAUUAGAAGGACGUCUGUAUACUAUUGGUACUGUACAGUUUGAAAGUUUAGUUGAAUUAGUUAGUUACUAUGAAAGGCAUCCAUUAUAUAAAAAAAUAAAAUUAAACCAUCCUGUAAAUCAAGAUGUUAUUAGAAGAAUGGGAUUGGUAUAUGAUAUUAUAUUUUUGUUUAUUAAACAUUUAUGUCCGAUAUAAAUUUAAUUUAUUUUAAAGGUAACUGUAAAAGCUAUAUAUGACUAUAAAGCAAGAAGAGAUGAUGAAUUGACAUUGGUAAAACAUGCCAUAAUAACAAAUGUACACAGACAAAGCGGUGGAUGGUGGCGAGGAGAUUAUGGUGGUAAAAAACAACAUUGGUUUCCUGCCAAUUACGUGGAAGAAAUAGAAUCGCAAGAUAACCAAGGAGAUUCAACAGAUUCAAUGAUGUUUGGUAGUCUACAAAAGGGUUCAUUAGAUAUUAUGGGAGCUGUUGUUGAACUAAGAGUCGGUGGAAGACCUGGAUUAGAAUGGAUAUUAAGAAUACAAAACCCUAGUAUGUGUUCAGUCUUUGAAGUAGCAACUCCAUCAAAAGAUACAGCACUAGAAUGGAUGUCUAGCAUUAAAGAAACUGCUCAAAAUGCCAGUGUUAGAGAAAAUCAACAUAAAGAAAUGGAACGAGCAUGGAGAAUAGCUAAAGAAAUGUCAAAUUUAAUAGUUUAUUGUAGGUCUGUUGCAUUUAAUUUAGACAGAAUAAAAACCAAAGGUUUUAUAUUUAAUGAGAUGAGUAGCUUUCCUGAGACAAAAGCUGAAAAACUUAUGUGUCAACAAGAAAAUAAAUUUUUUAUAAAAUAUCAUCAGGUUCAGUUUAGCAGAGUAUAUCCAAAAGGACAACGUAUUGAUUCAUCAAAUUAUAAUCCCGUACCAAUGUGGAAUACUGGCUGUCAAAUGGUAGCAUUAAACUAUCAAACUGGUGAUAAAUCAAUGCAGCUUAAUCAAGCGAAAUUUAGAGAAAACGGCAAUUGUGGCUAUAUUUUAAAACCGGAGUUUAUGUUUGGAAACGAUUUUAGUCCAUAUGAACAAAUUUGUUUAGACAGAGUAGAAUCACUUAAAUUUUCUUUAAAAGUUAUUGGUGCAAGACAUUUAAUUAGAUCAGGAAGAGGUUUAGCUAGUCCUUUUGUUGAAAUCGAAAUUAUAGGAGCAGAUUUUGAUUCUGGUACAAAAUUAACGACAAAAACUAUGCCUGAUAAUGGGUUCAAUCCUAUGUGGAAUGAAUCUUGUGAAUUCAAAGUUAUUAACCCAUAUUUUGCAUUCAUACGAUUCGUUGUGCAAGAUGAAGAUAUGUUUGGCGAUAGUAAUUUUAUUGGACAAGCUACUUAUCCCGUUCGAUGUUUACGAUCUGGAUAUAGAAGUGUCCCAUUAAAAAACAAUUACAGUGAAGAUCUUGAACUUGCAUCGUUAUUAAUUCAUCUUCAUAUUACAUUCUUAGGAAUAUAUUUCAACUAA